UCGAAUUAUACACUACCAAUAUACUUUACUACUACUACUGCAACAAUACUACAAGUUACAACCACUACUCAAUACUCAUUAGUUAUUAUAAUAAUUUUACCGUCAAUGGUCCAUCUUUUUUUCUCUUCAUUUCUUUUUAAAAGGUUGUCAAUAUAAUAACUAUAAUGUCUCGUCGUUUGUACAGUCUAGUCCAACACUCCGAUCUAUCCGCCGGUCCAUCGUAGUUAGACAUUCUCGCUCUUGAGGAGACGAGAAUAAGACAAUUUAUUGAAUUAAUAUUAUAGCUAUUUGUCAAUCGUUUUAAACUCGUAAGUCGUGUUAGGUGGUAGGUGUUUUGUAUAAAUCAUAACGGUUUAUGAAAAUGUCCGUAUCGUCAGACUCGAUAAUUCACAAACUGUUUAACCGUCAGGUUCAUGGUACUUUUAAACACAAGCAUAAGCCUCAAAAUAAUACAAAAUAUUUAUUUAAGGACAAUCCAGAUUAUGGAAAAUUUUUCUUACCAGAUAUUUUAGAAGACAUUUCUGAUCAUGUGUUUAUGGGUUUAACUCGAUGUGGUCGAUUUCUCUUAACUUACUCAGUAGCAGACUCAGACUCAGCUAUGAACCCUCUUAUGUCUUCAUUGAACAUGAAUUAUAAACUACAUUUUUGGGCUUUUCGGCCUGGUCAAACAGCUUUUAUGGUAUCAGAAAUUGUAUUAUUUGAUAAUGCUGAUUUUAGUGAAUUAGCAAAUAUUUACAUUGUCCAAUGGCCAAACCGCUCUGAUAGAAUCGUAGUUUUCGGUGAAAGUGUGCUUUCUGAGGAUGGUGAUAGUGAUGUGCACGAAAUUUACAUUACAGUCACCACAUUACCAUCUUUAAAUAACUGUAAAGAUUGUCAAUCAGUAGCUCGUGAACAUAGAGAUGAAGAAGAUAUUUCAAAGCAUUUUUUGGGAAACACCUGUCUUGUUCAUGGCCUUACUGUACAUACAUCAAUCACAGUGUCACAUCCUUAUCCUCAACUAGAGCCUUCAGUGUCAUUGAAAUAUGAUAAUCAUAUUGUGCUCAAUACGUGUAAUUUUAUUCACGUUUUAAAUAUUGAUUUGGAUAAAAAUCAAAAUUUUAAAUCUGAUAAAUCAGAAAACAUUAAUGCUCCAUUAGUUCACAAGCUUAGUGAUGAUUUAACCGAAUUUGGUUAUAAAAUGGCAACUAAAAGCGAUAGUCAAGAAAGAGGUGUUAAAAGAAGACAUAUUGAUACAAGAUGUUUUUUUGAUAAAGAACAAGAUAAUAUACCAAUAGCUGCAUUAAAUCCCAUGCCUAAUUAUAACAACCAUCGUCUUCUAAGGAUGAAAGAUGCCGAAAAGGUUUAUGAUUUUGAUGAAAAUGAUGAUAAUUGUUUGCUUAAGUUCAAAUGGUUUAGACGGAGAAGAAUAGCAGAUAAAAUGUAUGAAUUUUGUUCUGAAGAAGAAGAUAUGGAAAAUGUACAUCCAUCAUCAAAAAAAAAUCUUUUUCAACACUGUGAAUCCCCUGGACCUUCAGCCGUCGAUCAAACACCAUUAUACAUACAAACAGACUAUGAAGAUGAUAUAUUGAAUGACUGUGAUAGAAAAAUGUUAUUUGCUCAAGAAUUAAAUGCAAUCAUUGCCGAAUGGGAUUGUUUAUCAUCACCACGGUCAGUUACCUCUGAAGAUAGAGAUAUUAAGAGUCCUGAUAGUACCAACAGAAAGAUUACCAAUGUGCUCAAGCCAAGAAAUAAAACUCCAUUGUUUAAAAAUUCCAAAAGUCCCUGUGAUAAGAAAAUUAGUGUUAUGAUCGUUCCUGAUAAUAUUCAAGGAAAUCAUUCAAGUAAUUCAUUCCGAUCUGUACCAUUACAAGGAUGUUCAGUGAAAUUUGAAAGACAGUACAUUGAAGUAGAUGAAGAAAUUGUCUCAGUCACUACAGAUUUAGAUGAAGAGGAUGGUAUAACAGGGUCUUUAUGUGCACUUCCAUUAUCUGUCCACGGAUCUGCUUCUGCUCAAAUGCAAAUGAUCAAUACUGCUAAAACUGAAAAACAGGAAAAAAAUGUUUGUAUUAUAAAACAGGCGAGUUUAGAUUUUGAACAUGUUAGUUAUAAAGUGGCUGAAAUUAUUUGCAAUCUAGAAGGUCACAAAUUUUGGUGCUAUAAUGACUAUGACUCUUCUAUUGUUGAUAUUUGUCCAUUAAAUGGUGACAUUUUAAUUGUAUUGUGCAUAAGACUGAACACAGAAGAAGAGAAGAAACCCAUACCCCUUAGUCAACCAGUGAAUAGCAGGGGUUUUGAGACAAAGUGUGUGAUUCUGUGGAACCCUGAGACUGAUACUUGUUACCUAGAAGCUUACUUGCAACUGGAACUAAUUACGGAGAAUCCUAGAUGUCAUGCCAUUUGGAAUCCAGCGCGUUUUGAAGCCAAUAUACUGCGUAAGGCAUCCAUGGGUUUUUUCAAUGUCCCUAUGAGCCGUCAAGUGAGGUGUUUAUCACAUGAAGUCUGGUCUAAGCAAUCUCAUAGUAUGAAUCCACCUUUGCAAGAAAUUAGAGAUGAAGAUAAUAUGAUCACUAUUUUAAGAAACCGAAUAGAUGAUGUCGAAGAAGACGACAUAAUGGUGUACCUCCGUUUUAGACAGCCGCCAAUAUAAAUGGAAGAUCAGCAGGAAUUUAUCUUAAUGUAUGUUAAGUUUAAUUAGACUAUCUCAAUAUUAUUAUUGAAAAAUAAGUGUGUGAUAGCUAUAAUUUAUUUUUCAAUAAUUUACUUCAGUGAAUUUAAUUUUUAGGUUUUAUAUCUCAUCUAAUGUAUAAUUAUCUUGUAUAUUACCCUUUUAAUUUGUCUUAAGGAAUUAGUCCCUUGGACUCAUUUAUUUCUUGUUAGUAUCUUAAAUAUUCUCGACAAUUUAAAAAAAUAAUCACAUCUACAUUCAGCAAAAUAAUUGAUAUUUUUUACAAAUAAAUAUUUUAUUGUUUCAAAUUAUUAACAUUCAAUGCACAUUUUAGGUUAAAUAUUAAAUGUUGUAUUUGUUUACUUUGAGAAUUAUUUAACCACUGUCAAAUUUUUAAUUCUUCUAUGUUUCUGUGAAAUAAUCUCCCUUUAAGAAAUCAACAUUAUAUAAGCUCUAAUAAAUAAUUCAAAACUUGUAAAAUUGUUCAUAUUUGUUUUUAGUCAAUAUCUAUGAUAAGUAUUGUAGAUAUUUAAAGUACAAAAAUUUAAUUAUUAAAAUUAUAUAUUAUUAUAAUUUAUUUCGUUAUAAUUGUUCAUCUCCCAUUCAGCUAUUAAAUUAAUUAAGAAUAUAGUAUAGACAAAUUAAGUAUAAACUAUAAAUCAUUUAUAUUUAGGUAUAGGUAUUAUUUGUUAUCAGUUAGCACUGUUACACAUAAAAUGUCAAAAAUAAUCAAAAUUUGUGUAGCGCUAAUAUGUCAUGUAAUAUAUUUAUUUAAUAUUAAUAAUGCAUAAAUAAAAAUUGUAAUGAUAAUGCUUCUAUAAUUUACACUGUGAUAUCAUAUAGAUUACACCCAUCUUAAAUUAUAUCCAUGUUAUUCAAAAAAAAAAAAAAAUGAUAUUAUAAUCAUUUAGGCAUUUUUAUUUUAUACCACAAUGAUAAGAGAAAUGUUUCAUUUAAUAUUAGAAUAACCGACAGUGAAUUAUGAUGUUUAUGUGUAAAAAGUAUGACUUUUAAAACAUUUAUCAAAUUUAUUUCUUGAGUAGAUCAAUAUACAUAUAAGAUAUUUGAAGAACAUAAAAAUUUAAAUUGCAUAUUUACCAUGUAAUAUUUAAUUUUUUUUUUUAAUAUGAUUUCUGCUCUUAAAACUAAUGUACAAAAAAUGUAUUAUUUUGUUGUACCUAAAAUGUUUCUGAACAAUUAUGUGCAAUAAUAAUAUGCAAAGUCUGCUACGGGCCACGGAAUGGAAUAAGUAUCAAACCGUGGUGAUGGCAGAUAAUGCAAAAAAAGUAUUUUUAAGAAAUGGUUAUUACAUUACUUAUAUGUAUUUUGUGUACGUUCGGAAUCAAUUUUACUUAUAUCAUAACUAUAAUAUAAUUUUUAAUUACCUCAGUAUGUUUUUUUAACUUAUAUAUUUUUUCUAUGUGUAUUUUUAAUUUUUAUUAGCCUAGUAAAAAUUAUAUUUUAAAUA